AUGUCUCGCCAGUCCACUGUGAGGAUUCAGAGGGGGAGAAGUGGCUUCAGUGCUGCUUCAGCCGUGGUCCCCAACACCUGCCGGACCAGCUUCAGCUCCUGCUCCAUCACCCGCCUGGGCAGCUGCAAUGCUGGCAGUGGCUUUGCCAGGGUUGGGGGUGGCUUUGGAAGCAAAAGCCUCUACAAUGUUGGUGGUUGCAAGAAGAUCUCCGUGGCUGGAAGGGGUGGCAGCUUCUAUGGCUCUGCAGGGUUUGGUGGUGGCGCCGGGAGCAUGUACGGGGGCGGCUUUGGUGUUCCAGCCAAUCUUGGCUAUGGAUAUGGGGCCUUUGGGGGUGGCCCUGGAUUCCCAGCUGGGGGCAUCCACGAAGUCUCCAUCAAUCAGAGCCUCCUGAAACCGCUCAACUUGGAGAUUGACCCCAACAUCCAAAGGAUCCGAAAAGAGGAGAAGGAACAAAUCAAAACCCUCAACAACAAAUUUGCCUCCUUCAUUGACAAGGUCCGAUUCCUUGAGCAACAAAACAAAGUGCUGGAAACCAAGUGGAGUUUGCUGCAGGAGCAGGGAAUGAAAACAGUGAGGAACAAUCUGGAGCCGCUUUUCGAGACCUACAUCAACAACCUACGGGUGCAACUGAACUCAUUGCUGAGCGACAAGGGGAGGCUGGAGGGAGAACUUGUCAACACCCAGUACCUGGUCGAGGACUUCAAGAAGAAGUAUGAAGAUGAGAUCAACAGAAGGACCAUUGCAGAGAAUGAAUUUGUGACGCUCAAGAAGGAUGUAGAUGCUUCCUACAUGAACAAAGUGGAACUCCAAGCCAGGGCAGAUGCACUGAGUGAAGAAAUUAAUUUCCUGAGAGCACUUUAUGAAGCAGAGCUGUCCCAGAUGCAGACCCAGAUAUCUGACACCUCUGUGGUUCUCACCAUGGACAACAACCGGAACCUGGACCUGGACAGCAUCAUCUCCGAGGUCAAGGCACAGUACGAGGACAUUGCCAACCGGAGCCGCGCUGAGGCUGAGUCCUGGUACCAGACCAAGUACGAGGAACUGCAGGCCACAGCUGGCAGGCAUGGGGAUGACCUCCGGAACACCAAGCAGGAGAUCUCAGAGCUCAACCGCCAUGUCCAGCGGCUCCGAUCUGAGAUUGACAGCGUGAAAAAACAGUGUGCAAACCUGAAAGCUGCCAUUGCUGAGGCCGAGGAGCGCGGGGAGCUGACCCUCAAGGAUGCCAGAGCCAAACUGGCCGAGCUGGAGGACGCUUUGCAACAGGCCAAGGCUGACCUGGCUCGGCAGCUCCGGGAAUAUCAGGAGCUCAUGAAUGUCAAGCUGGCCCUGGACAUUGAGAUCGCGACCUACAGGAAGCUGCUGGAGGGCGAGGAGUGCAGGCUGGCUGGAGAUGGGGUCCCAGUGAAUAUCUCCGUCACCAGAACAACAGUGGGAACAGGAUACGGAGGAGGGAGCAACCUCAGCAUGGGAGGGGGGAUCUGCAAUUUGGGGAACAGCUUCAACUGUGGGAGCAUUCCCGGGAUGAGCAGCACCACCCUCGGAGCUGGCAGCAGCUCUAGCAUGAAGUUUGUCUCCAGCUCCUCCACCAGAAGAAGUUAUAGGAGCUAA